AAAUCUCUCUCUCUCUCUCGCGCGCCUGCGACAAUCAGGCUGCAUAUCGCCUUGUUCGUGUAGUGUCAGCCAGAGCCUGGGACUGACUCGCGUGUCGGGUCAGCCAAGGGGUGCCUGAUCUGGAAGCAGUUGUAGUAGUUGUGAUAGAUGCAAGUGACGGUGGUGCAGCGGGUGUAGUAGAGCAAGAGCUGUUCAGAAGCGACGUGCGUGAAUCGACAGUUUUGGUGUGGAGCGUGGCCCGUGGGCUGCUGCGCAGGAUGAACGGGAUGAGUACACACGCCAAUGCCGCGAGCAACCAAAGCUUCCUGCACCACUUUGCCGUCUCGUGGCGCAUUCCAGACUUUCUCGAUGCUUUGAAGAGUAACAAGACGCUAUGCUCGCAUGUCUGUGUGCAUCGGACGGGCAUGCAAAUGCAGCUGGUGGCAGCUUUGCUUGACUAUGGCAUGUUCUCGCUUUACCUCAUCUGCAGCAAUGCCAAAGACAUGAGCCCCGACGACUCGGCGCGAGUUGCCUUCAAAUUCGCCAUUGGCAACAACUCCAAUCCAGACGAAUGUCUGACCCGCGCGGGUGACUGCUUAAUCACGGCGCGAAGUGACAACUCUUUCCGAGCGGAGGGCUGCUACAAUUUUUGCAAAGCCGCUGAUUUUGAAGCCCUGCUACCACAGCUGCUUGUCAACGGUGAACUGGUGAUCCAUUGCAACAUGCGCAUCCAGCCCUCUUUUGAGAAGAUUCCCCGGGAAGACAUGGAAUCUCUGCCCGAAGCCCACUUGGGUCUGCAGCUCGAGAGCGGAGACAGCGUGGCCAUUUGCGCACCCAAUAAUGGCUUCUGGUUGGCCCAGCUGCGUCAGAGCCUGGAUCUGGCCGAUCGCAACAACCAGGGCCACAAGGUGCAGGUGCAGUGGUAUGAUGAGGCAGGUGCCACCGGCUCGGGCGAAUAUGUCCUGACCAAGUACACGGACGAAGUGGAAUUUGAAACCAUCCAUCCCGUGCGCGUGACGCUCGAGCCUAUCCCGGGCAAUAAGCAGGGGGCGGUCCGUAUCGUUAACACCGACCACUGGAAGGAAUUUCUCCACAACUCCUGCGUGUAUUUCUCUGUGUGCGUAUGUGUGUAUUUCUCUGUGUGCGUGUGUGCGUGCGUGCGUGUGUGUGUGUGUGUGUGUGUGUGUGUGUGUGUGUGUGUGUGUGUGUGUGUGUGUGUGUGUGUGUGUGUGUGUGUGUGUGUGUGUGUGUGUGUGUGUGUGUGUGUGUGUGUGUGUGUGUGUGUGUGUGUGUACGUGCGUGUGCGCGCGCGUGUGUACGUGCGUGUGCGCGCGCGUGUGUGCAUAUGCAGUUGGGGAGCUUGUCUUUUCUUGCGCUCCUUUCGUCGUUUUGCUUGGCUUGUUCGCGUGCCAGCCGCGGUUUGAUGCCCGAGUAACCAGAACCUGGUGUGCGUCUUGUUGUUAAAUUUUCAAGGGUUGUGUUCGAAAAAGAUCCAAUCAAUACAAAUUUCUCUC